AUCUUCGGUCUGUCUAUGACUGCAGGUUUGUUUGGAGGGGUCGUAAGAGCCGCUAAUCCAAGUAGUAACGAUCGUACCAAUUCAGGUAGCUUGGGACCCUGGGAAUCGAAGAACGGUCCGACCUUAGCCGAUCUCCGGUCCCUCUCGAGAUCGUCACCAUAA